AUGGGCUCCUAUCAUCUGCCUGUCUGGGGUCACAUCACCCUGCUUGUUUUGACAAUACUCGCAUUUGCGCCGCAGCUCUACUUUCUGGUUCGAAAGCAGGAUAGCGGUCCGAUUUCCAUUGUGUAUAUCUUGUUGAAUCUUGUCGUGGCCACUGAGCAGUUUGCUGUGUCCUACUUUUUUGCCAUCUAUCCUACCAACACCAAGUGUCUCAUUUGCCCGACCUACAGGGGCAUAUUCUCUCAUACUCCUCUUGAUGCCGGCGACUGGUUAAACUUUGCUCACUUCUUGACCGUCUUCAUUCUAUGGCUUAUAAUGUACAUUUCUUCCUUCGCUCCUAGUGAUUAG